AUGAAUCUCAAGAUCUCGAUAAAGCUUGAUCAUCCAAUUUCAAAGUUUGACAAUCACGAUUAUAAGGUAGUGGGUAUUUUUUGUAACAUUUUCAAGGCCGCAAUAUAUAGUUUAAACAGUGAUUCUUGGAAAACACUUGAAGAUUUUAAACCUGGGGUGAGUUACUGUGGUUCGGCUAAGUUUGUGAAUCGUAAAGUUCAUUGGAUUACUAAGCAUAGACGCUGUUGGGGCAUCACGUCUAUUGAUUUGGUUGAUGAGAAAUGGGGAAAGGUGGAGCUACCCAGUGACAUCAAAGGAGGAGGUUUGAAGCUUGGAUUGUUGGGAAGUGAUCUUUUGGUCCUCUGUAAUAAUUAUGAGAGAACUCAUUCUGAUGUGUGGGUAAUGAAGGAAUAUGGAGUUAAAGCAUCUUGGACAAAAUUGUAUACCAUCACAUAUCCCAAGAACUAUAAUCUUUCUCUGCCCCUUUUCACGUAUAAUAAAGGUGAAAUUCUGCUCACGUUUAAAUCAACUUUCGCGAUAUACGAUCCAAAGAAUGACUCUAUCACAUAUCCAGAGGUUCCUAAUGUUGAGGUUACUAGUAUUUACGAGUAUAUGGAUGCGGAACUCUUCAUCGAAAGCCUAGUUUGUCCGGAUUUACCAAACGAAGAUUGA